AUGUCCCACGAUGCAGGUGUUUCAUCCAAAGCCCAAGUGAGAGGUUGCCCGCAAGGCUCUUGCGCGGGGCCCCUCCUAUGGAACAUCACAUUUAACGAAGUGCUCGCUGCAGACUGGCCCGCACACACGCGAGUUGUCGCCUACGCAGAUGAUGCUGCACUCCUGGUGCGAGGACGCACACGCAACGAACUGGAGAAAAAAAACGGCACAGAAGUCUGCACACUUUUUGCUGACUACUGCACUCGACUUAAGCUUCAAAUAUCAACAGAAAAGUCAACAGCGUUGAUCAUUCCAAGGCCAGGAACAAAUCCAACACGACGGCCCUGUAUUAAAUUAAACGGGAGAAAUAUUAAGUUCGUUAAAAAUCUUAAAUAUCUAGGAGUAACAUGGGACUCCGGUCUAACCUUUAUUCCUCAUAUACAAGACCUUCGUGUUAAAACAUCUCGAAUAGCGAGAACAGCGCGCCAAUUUCAGGGCAAGAAUUGGGGUCAGAGCCCCCAUUUUCAGAAACUGUUAUAUCUCACAGUUGCAGAGAAAAUCGCAUUAUAUGCAGCCCCAAUCUGGGCAAACCCAAUGGGAGCCAGGAAAAUCCGUCAACUAUCAGCCUUGCAAAGACCUUUUGCGAUAAACCUAUGCAAAGCAUAUCGAACUACAGCCACAAAUGCAGCACAGGUACUAGCUGGUAUCAUACCACUGCAUAUCAAAGCCUUAAUGGAAUCUGCAUAUGCCCAACUGAUCCACUUGCGCCGAGAUGCGACAUUUGGAAACACUACCUAUAGCCCAGUCCAAUAUGAGCAUCGGGGCGACGUAUUGCGUACACAUCCCUCAAUAAAAGGGACAGGCAUACGCACAGUUAAAUCCAACUGCCUUCAUCGAGACACCCUCACGAAGAUAUACACGGAUGGCUCGAAGCAUGAACAUGGAGUAGGUAGUGCCUUUAUACACUAUGAUGGUUCCAACACCGAAUACACAUGGAAAGGACAUCUGAAACCGGAAAACAGCGUCUUUCAGGCGGAAGUUACUGCUCUCACAGCAGCGGUACAGCAUAUACUCAACAACAAUAUACAGGCAGCUACCAUAUACACGGACAGCCUUUCAGCAAUAAAUGCAAUAGAAAAUCAACACCAUGUAUCGCCGAGCAUCAUUAACUUGCAAGACAUCCUGCAGCAUAAUCGUCACACUAAAAUUACCAUGGUCUGGGUCAAAGCCCACGAUGGCAACCAGGGAAAUGAAGCAGCUGACCGUUUGGCUAAGGAUGCUGCAAGCAAUCUCGAAGCACAAGAAAUAAAUAUUCCUGCCCCACCAUCCUAUCUAAAGCGUCAUUUGCAGGGACAAGCAAUACGACAAUGGCAAGAAGAAUGGACUAAUGCAGAAACAGGGAGGCGCACCUAUGAGCGUAUUUCAAAGGUAUCAACUGACCGCCUUAUCGCCAUUGCUCCAUUGGUAAACUACAUAACAGGUCACGGGCCGUUCCCGUCUUAUUUUCAUCGACAUGGGAUAUCAAAUACAGACAUCUGUGUCUGUGGAGAAGACGGAACGCCAGACCACUACCUAUUCAGGUGCCCUCUGACAGAUACCAUGCAUCUUUUCAUGCCCACGAGCAACAUAACUAACUGCCUACCACCGACUGAUAAUUAA